CAGUAUUUAAACAAACUUGCUCACCUGACAAGUUUUGUCCUUUUAAUUAAUCUGGUCUCAUUCUUCUGCAGUGGAGGAUUUCCUCAUUCAUGACCUUUAUAUGCUAGUGGCUUUGGCAGAACAAAACUCUACCUCAGAGAGAUUGAAGCAGGGAAUUACCCAGGUCCUGUCUAUCAUAGAUGGCCUGCAUCAACCAUGGCUAGAUGGUAUGGAGUUGCUGGAAGAUGCUCAAUGGAAUAAACGUAUACUAUCGAUGGGGUGUGAAAGGAUCGAUAUGUUUCUUCAAGGUGGACUCCAUGAAGGACAUCUUACAGAAUUAGUUGGACCAUCAUCCUCUGGUAAAACACAAGUUUGCCUACGAGCUGCCUCCAGCGUUGCGAAGAAUUAUCUGGAUAGUGUGCUGUUCUUAGACACAUGCAACUCCUUUUCGCCUAAACGUAUUGCACAGAUUGUCGGCCAGAUUUCAGAUUCUGACAAUAAAGAAGUGAACAAAGUUAUUCAGCGAGUAAUGAACAGUAUAGUGUAUCACGCUGUGUUUGACAUCUAUACGUUGUUGAAUGUGCUCCAUCGUCUAGAGUUUAAUUUGAGAUCUCAGAAAGGUUCGCAGGUGCGGCUACUUAUUGUUGAUUCAAUUUCAUCGCUUAUCAGCCCAAUUCUUGGAGGCAAUGGUACAAAUGGACGUGCUUUAAUGACUUCUGCUGGAAUUUUACUAAAGAAGUUAGCACAACAGCAUAACUUCGCUGUAUUGGUGACUAAUCAUAUGGUGGCUGGAGAGCGAGGUAUUCUCAAGCCAGCACUUGGAGAGAGCUGGAAGAGCAUCCCACACGUACGGCUUCAGCUCUCCCGUGACCACGGGAGCAACAUCUGCAAUAUGUCCAUUAUUCGACACCCCCUCAUGGCUUCUGGUGAGGAGGUGAAAUUUAUGAUUUUAUGAUCGAUCAGUUUGGCCUAUGUCUGGAAGUUGUAGAUUGAAGGAAUGUAUUGAAAGGUAAAAACAUGGUCAAAGUUGUUUCCCGAUUUGACAUUAGAAUGGUGGUUAUAAAGGGAGGAAUGUUGCUUGAGGUUUAUGAGAAUAGUGAACUUGGUAAGAAGGUGAUCUUACUGUAGAUGCAUGUUUUAUAUACAUAGCUAUUAAUCAUUUAAGUUAUUUUCUUGCAUGAUAGAAUGUUGGGUAAAUAUGAAACAUUUGUAUGAAAUAAACGUAGCCGAAAAAAGAUAGUUUACAUGAAAGACAAGAAUAGAAUUGAAUAGGAACAAU